AUGGCCGCCGAGAAGCCCGAGAAGAAGGAGAAGAAGGAUAAGAAGAGAAGCGACGAGUCCGGCGUUUCUAAGCCCAAGAAGGAGAAGAAGGACAAGAAGGAUAAGAAGGAGAAGCUCGCCGCUGCUCUUGAGGAGAAGAUCCAGCAGGAUGCCCCCGUUGCUGCCGCCGCCGCCGCCAACAUGGACGAGGACUCCGACGCCGAGGAGGACAAGGCUGCCGAGCUCCCUCUCGAGCGCGUUGUCGUUCCUUUCGCUCUCCCCGUCGCUGACGACAAGGGCAUGAAGAAGGUCUACAAGACCAUCCGAAAGGCCGCCAAGAACAACACCCUCAAGCGCGGUGUCAAGGAGGUCGUCAAGACCCUCCGAAAGUCCGCUCCCUCCGGUCCUGGCAACACCUCUUUCCCCGGCGUUGUCAUCAUCGCUGGCGACAUCUCCCCUAUGGACGUCAUCUCCCACCUCCCCGUGCUGUGCGAGGACCACAACGUGCCCUUCAUCUUCGUCACGUCGCGCGCUGAGCUCGGCGCCGCUGCCAAGACCAAGCGACCUACAUCCGUGGUCAUGAUCAUGGAGAAGGCCGAGGGCAAGAAGGCCAAGGCUGCCGAGAAGGACGGCGAGGACGAUGGCGAGGCGUUUGGCGAGAGCUACGCGUCGCUCGUCAAGUACGUGCAGAAGGAGUAUGGCAAGCAGGCUUUCUGGGUCAAGGGCGGAACCAAAUACUAG